AUGCAGUCUACUAUUACAGUUGAACGGCUAGACAGGCCGAGCACCUACUACACUGCGAAGAAGAAGCGCAAGUACGGGCGAGACCAGCCGGAUGAGAGAGAUGGUGCUGGCAACAAAGCAGAAGAAGAUGAUCCUCUCAAGGAUGCGACAACCCUCUACGUGGGCAAUUUGUCAUUCUAUACGACUGAAGAACAAAUCCAUGAGUUGUUUUCCAAAUGCGGCGAGAUCAAAAGACUGGUCAUGGGCCUGGAUCGGUUCCAGAAGACGCCUUGCGGAUUUUGUUUCGUCGAAUACUACACUCACCAGGACGCCCUCGAUUGCAUGAAAUACAUCGGUGGAACGAAGCUCGAUGAGCGUGUCAUCAGGACUGAUCUCGAUGUCGGUUUCCAGGAAGGAAGACAGUACGGCCGUGGCAAAUCAGGCGGUCAGGUUCGCGACGAAUACCGAGACGAAUUUGACCCUGGAAGAGGAGGCUAUGGACGAGCCAUCGAUGCGGAGCGACGCAAGGAGGAGGAAGAGUACGGAGCAGGGAAAUGA